ACCUGGGAUCAGUUCACGUGGAGGAUGGAGAUGAUUCACAUCCAGCUCAAGUGCUGGCCCAUCUCAAUGAUGCGUUCGGAAAAUCAGCUUGACUUCACCUGAGCUCCAGGUUGUCUCGACAUGUGCAGCUUGUCCUUUCCCCAGCUUGACCACUGACUUAGUCGGGAUGUUCUAGUGUUGCCUUUCCCCCAUUUGUGCUUUACAUACACAAUGUUAUCAAUAGGCCAGUGAUCAACAUUAAACAAUCUUCAUGGAGCAAGAAACAAGAUACAUUUUUUUUUAAUACGAGGUAGAAAUAAAAAUGGUUUCAUCCCGAAUGAUUUUGCUCAACCUCGUUUAAGCGACGAGUUGCCAUUGGCAAGAUGUCUGAAUGUUAAAGUUCCUCUUAGUACCAGUAAUGUCAUGUCAGGGUAAAGUUUGCCUGAAGUUCUUACAUGAUACUGAUAUUAUUUGACUGUUUCCUGGAUUUAUCACCAUUGUGAAAGCUCAGGACUUUCAUCCAAACUGCACUUAUCUGAGUGCAGCACAUUUUAGUAUUAAGGUUUUAAUGCGAUGAAACCGCAGCAAAGUCCAUCUCCCCGCGGGACACGUCAAGCGUAAGGGGCGGCCUCGCCAACACGUCAGCGACGGUAAACACUGCGAUGGAGCGGAAGGGAGAUGGACGUACAGUCUGGGCCAAACCUCUGCAUCUCCUCUCCUCUUCUUCGUGCUGGAGAGUUUGCAACCUCUGCAUGGCUUUCUUUUUCGCCCUUGCCGCCUACGUGCAGGUUAAUGAUCCAGAUGCAGGAAUUUGGAUUGUUGCUUACUUAAUUCCUGCUGCAUUAUCCUUCCUUGUUGGCUUGAAUCCACCAGUCACAGAAAACUUCAUCUGGAAACAUCUGUCAUUGAUGCACAUCUGCAUGUGUUUCGUGGUGGCCACACUGUGGGGUUGGUACCUCCAUCGAAAUGCAAAGAACAGUAUUUUCCAUGAAGAGGAGGGCCGGGAAUUUUUAGGAUUAGUAAUAAUCAUUAUAUGGAUGCUGUUAUGCCGAGAUUCAGGAAAGUAUCUCAGUGGUUUUAGAAUUUCUGCCGCCGUUUUUAUUACUGUUUUUCCAUUCAUUACUUGGUUCUAUUACUACAUCAAUAAAGAGCUACGAACAUCGUGGCCAGAACACUGUAAGAACACAAUUUAAGCUGGAUGUAAGCGAAGAGUGGGACCCGGAGAAGGGCCUUGACCUAAAUGAAUUGAUAAGAGUAGCUAUUUAAAGUUACUCGCCAUUUAGAACUGCUAUUGCAGAUAAUCUGUGGCUGUGAGAGAAAGUUGUGAUUCACACACAUUUUCUGUCUUUGUAUAAUUUUUUAUGACAUAAUUUUCGAAUAAUUAUGUUGAUUGUAUAUAUAAUGAAUGUAUCAUUUUAACAUCUGAGAGAGAUUGCAAAUUGAAGUCCCGGUUUCGGUGUAGAAGAUUUAAUUUAGAUUGAAACAUGAGCUGAGUAUUAUGGACCAAAUGCAUUAACUUGGCUUAUGGAUGGAGCGUCUGACUGCAAUCAUGAUGCAGAAAUUCUGAGCACUAUUAUGCCUGAAAAGCGCUGGAUAUAAAGGAAAGGAUAUUGUAUGAAUGGGAUGUGGCUCAAGUUUGGAUUGGGAUAGAUCAUUUUCCAGUGAGAUAGAGCUUGAAUGUGCAGGAAGGAGCUGCAGAUGCUGGUUUAAACCAAAGAUAGACACAAAAUGCUGGAGUAACCCAGUGGGUCAGGCAACAUCUCAGAUGAAAAGGAAUAUGUGAUGUUUUGGGUUGAGACCUUUCUUCAGACUGAGAGUCAGGGGAAAGAGAGACGAGAGAUAUAGACUGUGAUAAGAGAGAGAUAGAACAGAUGAAUGGAAGAUCAGCAAAAAAGUAACGAUCCAUUGUUGCCUCUGGGCUCGGUGAUAAUGAGUAAUACAAUGAAACUUGAUAGGACAACAGUGAAACUCGUACAGCGACUAGGGUGGGGGAGGGACAGAGAGGGGAUGCAAGGGUUACUUCAAGUUAGAGAAAUCAAUAUCCAUACCGCUGGGUUGUAAGCUGCCGAAGCAAAGGACGGAAAGAUUAGUGUGGGAAUGGAAUGGGAAGGGGAGUUAAAGUGUUUGGCAACCGGGAGAUCAUGUGGGCCAAUGUGGACUGAGCGGAGGUGUUCAGCGAAACAAUCACCCAGUCUAUGCUUGCUCUCGCCGAUAUAAAGGAAUCUGCACCUGGAACAACGGAUACAGUAGAUGAGGUUGGAGGAGUUGCAAAUGAACCUCUGCCUCACCUGAAAGGACGGCUGGGGCCCCUGGACAGAGUCGAGGGUGGAAGUAUAGGGACAGGUGUUGCAUCUUCUGCGGUUGCAGGGGAAGGAAGGUACCUGGGGAAGGGUUGGUUUGGGUGGGAAGGCCUGAGUUAACCAAGGAGUUGCUGAGGGAACGGUCUCUGCGGAAAGGAGUGGAGAUGGGAAGAUGUGGCUAGUGGUGGAAUCCCGUUCGAGAUUGUGAAAAUGUUGCAGGAUUAUGUGAAUUGAAUCCUUUAUUUGUCAUUCAGACCUUUCGGUGUUGUAUGAUGGGGUGAAAGGUAAAGUAAUUUAGUAGAAUACAAACUUUCCAGUCGGGUAAACACGUCUUUACAAGCGUUGAGUUAAAGGGAACUCAUUGAUAUGGUGAUACCACACUUCACAAAGCCUUGCUGGUUCUAUACUGAUUGACUUGGCAUAAUUUAUGUCAACACUUGAGUAUGUCUCAAGUUUAAUUCAAAUUGCACAAAAUAUGAAGUUUAUAUACUGUACUACGACUGGGUUAGUAAAUACAGUAAACCCUCGCUAUUAUGGGCCUCUUAACAGAUUUCAAUUAUAAUGGACUGUCUCUUUAAGAACGCAGAGGCCAUAGCAACUGACAAGCCAUUGAAACUUGUACAAGGGACCAGAUGCUGGUUUAAACAGAAGAUAGGCACAAAAAGUUGGAGUAACUCAUAGGCCACGCAACAGCCCUGGUGAGAAGGAAUGGGUGACGUUUUGGGUCGAGACUCAUUUUUAGCCAGAGAAAUUAACAAGCCAUCGCUUUGAUCGACACUUAACACUAUUAGUAACAGUCUUCGGUAUUUUUAGCUGUUAAAAAGAACCUUCUACACUCAGUAGGUGAGGCAGCGUCUUUGGAAGGAGAAAUGGAGUUAAUGUUAAAGAUCGAUGUCUUUAGACCAGAAAAUAGGUGCAGGAGGAGGCCAUUCGGCCCUUCGAGCCAGCACCGCCAUUAAUUGUGAUCAUGGCUGAUCGUCCCAAAUCAAUAACCCGUGCUUUCUCCCCAUAUCCCUUGAUUCCACUAGCCCCUAGACCUCUAUCUAACUCUCUCUUAAAUCCAUCCAGUGACUUGGCCUCCACUGCCCUCUGUUGCAAGGAAUUCCGUGAAUUAACAACUCUCUGGGUGAAAACGUUUUUUCGCACCUUAGUCUUAAAUGGCUUCCCCUUUAUUCUAAGACUGUGGCCCCUGGUUCUGGACUCGCCCAAAAUUGGGAACAUUUUUCCUGCAUCUAGCUUGUCCAGUCCUUUUAUAAUUUUAUAUGUUUCUAUAAAAUCCCCCAUCAUCCUUCUAAACUCCAGUGAAUACAAGCCUAGACUUUUCAAUCUCUCCUCAUUUAACAGUCCCGCCAUCCCAGGGAUCAAUCUCAUGAACCUACGCUGCACUGCCUCAAUCACAAGGAUGUCCUUUCACAAAUUAGGAGACCAAAACUGUACACAAUACUCCAGAUGUGGUCUCACCAGAGCCCUAUACAACUGCAGAAGAACCUUUUUACUCCUAUACUGAAAUCCUCUUGUUAUGAAGACCAACAUUCCAUUAGCUUUCUUCGCUGCCUGCUGUUCCUGCACGCCAACUUUCAGUGACCGGUGUACAAGGACGCCCAGGUCUUGCUGCACCUCCCCCUUAUCUAACCUUACCCCAUUGAGAUAAUAAUCUGCCCCUUUGUUUUUGCCGCCAAAGUGGAUAACCUCACAUUUAUCUAUAUUAUACUGCAUCUGCCACGCAUCUGCCCACUCACUCAACCUGUCCAGGUCACCCUGCAACCUCUUAACAUUCAGUUCUGGGCACCAUGUUAUAGGAAAGAUAUUGUCAAGCUUGAAAGGGUUCAGAGAAGAUUUAUGAGGAUUUUGCCUGCCAGGACUAGAGGGAGAGGUUGAGUAAGCUGGAACUCUAUUCCUUGGAGCACAGGAGGAUGAGGGGUGAUCUUAUAGAGGUGUAUAAAAUCAUGAGAGGAAUGUAUCGGGUAGAUGCACAGAAUAUCUUGCCAAGAAUAGGGGAAUCCCAGAGGACAUAGGUUCAAGGUGGGUGACUAUCCCAACGUUUAAGAAACAGUUAGACAGGUGCAUGGAUUGGACAAGUUCAAGAAUGUUUAUUGUCAUGUGUCCCAGAAAGGACAAUGAAAUUCGUGCUUUGCUUCAGCACAACACAAUAUAGUAGGCAUGAAUAAAUACACAACAGAUCAGUAUGUCCAUAUGCCAUUGAAUAUAUAUACACACAUAAAUAAGCAUAUAAAGUGCAAUAGGCUAUUAAAGUUCAGAUUUUUGCUUGAGUUGAGUUUAAUAGUCUGGUGGUUGUGGGGAAGAAGCUGUUCCUGAACCUGGAUGUUGCAGAUUUCAGGCUCCUGUACCUUCUACCUGAAGGCAGCGGAGAGAUGAGUUUGUGGCCAGGAUGGUGUGGGUCCUUGAUGGAUAUGGACCAAGCGCAGGCAGUUGGGACUAGUGUAGCUGGGACAAAGGGUUUGUUUCCACACUGUAUCACUCUAUGACCUAAUGAGAUCAAUGUCAAAGAUCCCAUGUUACCACUUUCUUUUUUUAAAUUAUUUGUAUUUUUAUUAGAAGCAAUGUAUAGACCACGGCAUAUGACAAAAUACAUUUAAUGUACGUCUUCUAUUAACAAGAGAGAAGUAGAACAAAAGAAAUAGCGAGAAAGUGAGAGAAAUAGUGAUGUGUAAACCCCUAGACCAGCAGAUAGUGCAGUCCAGGAGUGAACAAGUAAAAGCCUAUAGAAGAGUACGAAGACAAGAACCAAAUAUAAUAAAGAAAAAUAAAAAAAGACACCCUUAUGUGUUGAUAUACCUGCUUCAUUUCUCAUCACAACCAUCACCCUGUUCGUAAAAUCGGUUUAAUUCCAGAGUUGUGUUGUACCAUACUAUACUUGUAAUGAAUCAA